GUCAGGCGUGUCAAACAGCAUCAUUAGGAGGAAAGGGAACGCCCUGCAUCCACUCUUCCUCAUCUUCCAUCCACCGAGGACGGUGUCACGCGAGAGGACAAGCACCGUGGAUAAAAUGGAUGACACGUUCUUUUAAGACGACAUGUCUUCCUUGUGAGACCAACAACCCGCGAUAGACAUGCUGCUUUCCUCCGCCAUCUUCCUCUUCGUCAUCCUACAGACCUGCCCCGCCUCCGCCGACCGGAGGUUCGGUUGUUUGUUCGAGAGGAACCUCUGUACGCUGUACGAGAUCUGUGUCAAUGAUGGGAUGUUUGGGAGGUGUCACUCUCUCCCGUUGGAGGAGGUUUACUCCUAUGACGUCACUCUGCCUGUGGUUCAACACUUUAGACUGCUGCUCGACCAGAUGGCAAACCGAGGUCUGACAUGGGAGGAUGACACCACCCAGCAGGUUCUGGCCAAAGAAUUGUACAAAAUCCGUAGGGUUCCUCACCGGCUGUCACUGAGCGGAGCCACCUACAAAACAGACAGCAGGACUGAAGCAGCGGUGAUGAACCCAGUGGAACAUAGACUAAAACCAGCAGAAGCGGAGCUUAACAGGAACCUGCAGACGUACCUCCAACACCUCGGACUUCUCCCAAAAACAAGCGGCACUGAAGGCCUGAUUAUUGCUAGCAAGGACGGUCCAGUCCAGUCAGACCCGACCAUUCAGAAGACAUCUCCCUCUCUCAAAGGGAAGCAGAACCUUUCAGCGGAGGAGCUUCAAGUCCUCCUAAACGUCCUCAGGCAGCUUCUCUCCCGGCACCCCGACCCCUCGCCCCGCUUAAGGCCCAUCUACAGCUACGGAACAGAAAGUUCUGUGCCCAAGACCUUGAAAUCCAGACCCAAUAAUUUGGACAAAAGUAAAGGAUCUUCAGCUAAGGAGCCGCUGACGUUAGUUGACGAGAAGUUCAUCCAGAAUGUCUUAAGGAACAUCGGCAAGCAGCACCUGGACGUGGACAACCUGUCGCCGCACGAUGUGGACCAGCUGUCCAACCUGAUUGUGGAUGCUUUGCAAGUGGUAGACAACGGCCGGGGUAAAGAUCGAGUACGGGUCCAACCUGGACCACGAGACUUGGAAGGAGAGUUGAGUGACGGACAAGAAAGAAAGGAGGAGGCGGUCAGAGACGAUCAUGAGAAGUUCAUGGAAGAAGCUCCAACUGUGAAGAUCACACUUGCUAAUGCCCCUCAAGAAGUCCACUCACUGACUGAAAACAACAACAUGGAAGAAAAGGAUGAGAGUCCAAACGUGUUCAGCAAACUUCUGGCCUACUUGGACCAAAGUCCCUUCACGGCCUCGCCUCCUCCUAGGCCGCAGAGAAGGGCGGGGCUCGAGAACGUCCAUAGCCGCACCCGCGAGGUGGGCGUAAUGGUGGAGAAGAAGGACACCACCCAAUCCAUGGAGGAGGUGUCUGAGGUGGAGGGCUGGAUCAAGGAAGUGGCCCCGCCCCAUGCGGCGCUGAAAUACGAGGCGUCGCAUAAGAAGAUGCUGAGCGUCCCUGAGCUCCAGCUGGAUGUCAAUGCAGACAGAAAGAAGGCAGAUGACAUCUUUGGCUACGUUAUCACUGACACGGACGGCCUGCAGACCGAUGAAGGUCUGCACAUGAUGGAGAUCCUGGCUCACAUGGCCAGAAUCCAAAUGACCGACUUUGCUGAGCUUUCGGUAGUGGGCCCGGCCGUGACCUUUAAAGUGAGUCCAAACCGUCAAAAUGUCAGCACAGCAGAUGUGGUCCACGUGGCAGUUGAUCAGAAAGCGUCGCUGGAAAAGGAAGCCAAGCUCAGCAUCCUGGAGGCGGGAGUCGCAGACGGGAACCACAUCAACCAGAUCCCCACCAAGUACAGCCAGGCUGAGUCCACCAAGUUCCUGGUCCUCACCGUGGUGUCCAUCCUCUGCAUCGUGGGCGUGCUGCUGGCCUCCACCGUGGUCUACUGCCUCCGCCAUCGCUCGCACCACAAGCUCAAGGAGAAGCUGACCAACCUGGGCGCAGACACCAGCGGGGAUGCCACCGCCACCUAUCAGGACCUGUGUCGACAGCGCAUGGCGGUCAAACCUCAGGCUGAGCGCCGCCCCGAGCCCGCCUCCUCCAGGAUCAACAGCGUGUCGUCUCAGUUCAGCGAUGGCGGCACGGCCGUCAGCCCAUCGGCUCGAAGCAGCCUGUCGUCGUGGAGCGAGGAGCCCGCCCAUCCCAACAUGGACAUAUCCACUGGUCACAUGAUUUUGUCCUACAUGGAGGAUCACCUGAAGAACAAGGACCGACUAGAGAAGGAGUGGGAGGCGUUGUGUGCCUACCAGGCAGAACCCAACACUAGCACCAUGGGCCUGAAGGACGGCAAUGCCAAAAAGAACCGCUCUGCUGCUGUGGUUGCUUAUGAUCAUUCAAGAAUCACCUUGAGGCUGGAGAACAGUCAAGGCAACUCUGACUACAUCAACGCCAGCCCCAUUAUGGAUCAUGACCCCAGGAACCCCGCCUACAUCGCCACGCAAGGCCCAUUGCCGUCGACUGUGGCCGACUUCUGGCAGAUGGUUUGGGAGAAUGGCUGCGUGGUCAUCGUCAUGCUGACGCCGCUGGUGGAGAGCGGUGUGAAGCAGUGUUACCACUACUGGCCUGACGAGGGCUCUAACCUUUACCACAUCUACGAGGUCAAUUUGGUGUCAGAACACAUCUGGUGUGAUGACUUCCUGGUUCGUAGUUUCUACCUCAAGAACAUGCAGACAAACGAGACGCGGACCGUCACCCAGUUCCACUUCCUGACCUGGCUCAACCAGAACGUCCCAGAGACCAGCCGGACCCUCCUGGACUUCCGCAGGAAGGUGAACAAGUGUUACCGCGGGCGUUCCUGUCCCGUCAUCGUGCACUGCAGUGACGGCGCUGGAAGGACAGGGACGUACAUUUUAAUCGACAUGGUCCUCAAUAAGAUGGCUAAAGGUGCCAAGGAGAUUGAUAUUGCAGCUACCCUGGAACACCUACGAGACCAGAGGCCGGGUAUGGUGCAGACCAAGGAUCAGUUUGAGUUUGUGUUGACCACGGUCGCUGAAGAAGUGAACGCCAUCUUGAAAGCUCUUCCUCAGUAGGAUGGAUGAAGGACAAGACGUUCUAAUGCUGUCUCAUCCACUAGUGGACAUCUUGUCCCGCUAACCUUCUUGUUUUCUGUGUCUCAUGUCCUCGCCGUACUUCCUUUUUUUCCUCCUCAUCUCCUCCUCCUUGUGAUGAGCAGAGUGAGCGUAAAAAUAUAUAUUUUAUUUGGCCGAGUGACGUUUGAUAUGUGAAUGGAUUGUGUUUGUUUCAUAAUUAGCUUCUAAAAAGGCUGCAAAUCGUCAGUAAAAUAAGGACCAUUCCACCGAAUCUGUGCCAUCUGCAUCCCCAGGAAAUAAAAUAAGUACAUGAUAAAGUUGACUGUAAAAUAAAAUAAUAAUAAAAAAAAACUAAUAUAUAUAUACAUCCAUCUAUUUUCUACCGCUUAUUCCCUUAGGCACCAGCGCCCCCCGCGACAUCUCAGCUACAAUCGAGCGGAAGGCGGCGUACACCCUGGACAAGUCACCACCUCAUCGCAGAUAUAUAUAUAUAUAUAUAUAUAUAUAUAUAUAAAAUCUGGGGUGUGGGAAAAAAUCGAUUUGACUACAAAUCGCGAUUCUCACGUGCGAUUCAGGAUCGAUUCUCAUUUUUUUUAAAUCGAUUUUUUUUUUUUUUAAUCAAUCCAACAAAACAAAUACACAGCAAUACCAUAACAAUGCAAUCCAAUUCCAAAACCAAACCUGACCCAGCAACACUCAAAACAGCAAUAAACAGAGCAAUUGAGAGGAGACACAAACACGACACAGAACAAACCAAAAGUAGUGAAACAAAAAUGAAUAUUAUCAACAACAGUAUCAAUAUUAGUUAUCAUUUCAGCAUAGCAGUGAUUAAAAAUCCCUCAUUGACAUUAUCAUUAGACAUUUAUAAAAAAAAUUAAAAAAACAAUAGUGUCACAGUGGCUUACACUUGCAUCGCAUCUCAAAAGCUUGACAACACACUGUGUCCAAUGUUUUCACAAAGAUAUUUUUGUUUUGUUUAAUAGAUAAAACAAAUUUACAUUGCAAUUACUUGAUAAAACAUUGUCCUUUCCAAAUAUAAAAGCUUUUUUAAAAAAAUCUACUCUGCUAGCAUGUCAGCAGACUGGGGCGGAUCUUGCUGAAAUCCUAUGUAUUGAAUGAAUACAGAAACGUUUUGAAUCGGAAAAAGAUCGUUUUUCAAUCGAAAAUCGCGUUGAAUGGAAAAAAUCGAUAUGUAAUCGAAUCGCGACCCAAAAAAUGGAUAUUGAAUCGAAUCACGGGACACCCACAGAUUCGCAACCCAUAUAUAUAUAUAUAUAUAUAUAUAUAUAUAUAUAUAUAUAUAUAUAUAUAUAUGGUGUGUUGCACAUUGCAUUUUUCAAUAGAUACAACUAAAAAAACAGCAUGCAUGUCUUAAAAUGUAACUUAACUAAUACAUACUCAUUAAAAUACCUCAGAAAUUUUAUAUUUUAACAUAGGUGUUUUAGUCCAUAUGCCUUAUUCUUUUUUAAUUUAAAAACUAUUUAAUUUAAAAACGAAGUAAAUUUUAUAAUUGCCAUUUACCCAAUUUAUUUUAGUUUCAGGUCAAAUGUAGGGAGUUUUUCAAUCCAGCAGAUGGUGCCAUUAUAAAACAUCAUCACAAUAUCAGUGCAGUGUCAAUACACGUAGUGAGUGUGCCAAACUCACUGAAACAUCACUGCUACUAAAAACAUACUUGAAGUCUUGUUACGCAAGUGGUUUAUUUAUCUUUGAGCGAGUUAACAAGCACAGAUUUGUUAGAAUGUCCUUUACGCUAUUUAGGUCAAUAAAAAGAAGCUUGUGGCAAAUAUUCCAUCUUUAUGUGGAUGUAAGUGAGUGAGCGAAGGUUUGGCAUCCAAGUUUGAUGUUUGUUUUUUUAUUUCUUUGACAUUUCUGUCCUUUUGUUCAACAGCAGUCUAACAGGGCGCCUUUAGUGUGCUUUAAAAUCAAUAGUGAGGCCAUAAACACACAAAACGGCCCCCCAGGGAGGAAUAAAAAAAAGCAAAGGUUCAUUUGUUUGCGUUUUAAUGCCUCAAAGGUCCUGAUGAAGUCCAGUCUAGAGGGUUGGGACUGAGCAGCUCCUCUUCUAUGGAGGAUUGAAAGCUAACUUGUACUUGUAGACUAGCAGGAAGUAGCUUGCUUGAAUCCAACAAGUUGUUGCAUGCUCAGCCAGUUUAAUUGGUUGAAUGUGUUAGUAGACUAGUUACGAACAUGAAGUCUUUAUUAGCACACAAUCGUGCUGCAAAAGCUGUGUAAUCAAAAUCAAUAGAAGCAUGAGGUGUUUUGUGUAAGCAACAUUUUUGGACUAUUUCUUGAUUUCAAACAUGAGGCGUCUCCGAACUUGUGCGGUUUCUUUUUUUUUUUUAAUCAAUUGCAUUUCUGAAGCAGCUUUUUGCUUGAAUUAUGCAUACAUCUUGGUUUUUUGUUUUUGCUUAUAGCUGAGCAGAGUGCACAGUAAUGAUUUUAAUGUUAUUGUUUCCAGUGCUAACUUGUGCAUGGCAAGCAGUCCAAUUAAUAUGCAUAAACCUUUAUCUGCUAUUGUAAGAAGAUUAAGUUUUAGUCAGUGUGCAACAAGUUCUAAAAAGCUACACACACAUGAAUACAUUGUACAGAAAACCAAGAAGCUAUUUUGUUCUAUUGGUGUCGUCAUAUUGUCAAUAAAGUUGUAUUGUCAAAACAGAAAA